AUGAAGAACCCUGUCUAUGUAUAUUACCAGCUUGAGAACUAUUACCAAAACCAUCGACGGUAUGUGAAAAGUCGACAUGAUGGACAAUUGAGAAGUCCGGAAGAUGAACACGAUGUGAAAUCAUGUGUGCCAGAGGAUAAUGUAGGUGGUGAAUCUAUUGUUCCUUGUGGUCUUGUUGCUUGGAGUUUGUUCAAUGAUACUUAUGACUUCACUAGAAACAACCAAAAACUCUCUGUGAAUAAGAAAGGCAUCUCAUGGGCGAGUGAUAGAGAUUCAAAGUUUGGUAAAAACGUUUUCCCAAAAAACUUCCAGAAAGGAUCUCCCAUUGGCGGUAAAAGUCUUGAUCCAAAGAUUCCAUUGAGUGAGCAAGAAGACCUAAUAGUGUGGAUGCGAACUGCGGCUCUACCAACAUUUAGAAAGCUGUAUGGUAAAAUAGACACUGAUCUUGAAGCUGGAGACACCAUAGAGGUAUUGUUGCAGAACAAUUACAACACCUAUAGCUUCAAUGGAAAGAAGAAGCUUGUGCUAUCUACCACUAGCUGGCUCGGUGGGAGGAAUGAUUUCCUUGGGAUUGCGUAUUUGACUAUUGGUAGCAUAUGCUUGUCCUUGGCUGUUUUCUUCUCCGUCUUGUAUCUAGCAAAACCAAGGCAAUUGGGAGAUCCAUCGUACUUGUCAUGGAACAGAAGUCCCGGAGGUGGACGAUGA